AUCGAAGACUCACUGUCUGUAGCACCAAGGCACGAGUCCCUGCUCUUUUUGAAUCGCGACAAGUUCGACCUUAUCGCUGUAUACGACGAAUCGUCGGAGAGCAUCGGCGAGUCACGUGCUCUCACUGCUCUGGUGGGGGCAAUCUACGAGCGGUCUUUCAAGAAGAUGUUGCGCAAUAUCCCGCUCAUCCUUGUCGGCGGGCUGCGAACAUGGAAGAUCAGGUUUGGGUCAGACGAGUUG